AUGGGGGAGGAGGAAGAGGUCAGAGAAAGGGAGAUGAAAAGUGUUCCGAUUGUGAGGAAGAGAGAGAAAGGGAUAGGAGAGGGAUCCGAUGUGGGUGAUAUAGGAUACAAAUAUGAAGAUGAGAUGAAUCUAGUGAAAGUAUCAGAUGUCAUCAAUCAUUCUGCUCAGCUUUUGCUAAGAAGAACAUCCUCUGAUGCAGAAAGGGCACUGGAACAUAUUAAUGAGGCGUUAAUGAUAAGUUCAUACUCUGAAAAAUUGCUUGAAAUGAAAGCAGAGGCUCUGCUAAUGCUUUGUAGAUAUGAGGAGGUGAUUCGUCUGUGUAUCGAGACACUUGAUUCUGCUGAGAAGAAUGCCUGUCCACUGGAUGCUGAUUGCCAAGUCACAGAUUUGGAUAACUCACAACUUGCCAAAGGUUUCUCCUUCAGAAUUUGGCGAUGCUCAAUGAUGCUUAAAGCCUACUUUCACCUAGGAAAAUUUGAAGAGGGCCUUUCUUUACUGGAGCAACAACAGGAAAAGAUGUCUGCCAUAAACAAGAGUGGAAGCAAGGUUUUGGAUUCACUCAUACCACUAGCUGCCAUCUUACGCGAGCGCUUGCAUCAUAAGACUGCAGGGAAUGCAGCAUUUCAAGCUGGAAGGCAUGCAGAAGCCGUUGAACACUAUACAGCUGCUUUGUCGUGUAAUGUGGAGUCUCGUCCAUUUGCAGCUGUCUGUUAUUGUAAUCGUGCAGCUGCCUAUAAAGCUUUAGGUCAAAUAACUGAUGCUAUUGCAGAUUGCAGUCUAGCUAUAGCUCUUGAUGGAAAUUAUUUGAAGGCACUUUCUAGACGUGCGACUCUGUAUGAGAUUAUCAGAGAUUAUGCCCAAGCGGCCAGUGAUCUGAGGAGGCUUGUCUGUCUUCUCUGUAAGGGGGUGGAGGACAAUGCCAAUCAGCUUGGGAUAUCUGAUAAAUCAAUUAAUUAUUCUAAUGAUUUAAAACAAAAUCGUGUUCGGCUUUCUGAAAUGGAAGAAGAAGCCAGAAAGGAGAUCCCUCUGGAUAUGUACCUCAUCUUGGGAGUUGAACCGUCUGUUUCGAUAUCUGAAAUCAAGAAGGCCUAUCGAAAAGCUGCACUUAGGCACCACCCGGACAAGGCUGGCCAGUCUUUGACUAGAAGUGACAAUGUAGAUGAUCAGAUAUGGAAGGUAAUUGCUGAAGAAGUACACAGAGAUGCUGAUAAGCUUUUCAAAAUAAUUGGGGAGGCAUAUGCUGUCCUGUCAGACCCUGCCAAGCGGGCUCGUUAUGAUGAAGAAGAAGAAAUAAGGAAUUCCCAAAAGAAACGGCAUGGACCUUUUGGUAGAAACAAUGUGGAUGCCCAGUAUUACCCAUUUGAACAAAGCAGCAGAAGACAGUGGAGAGAGGCUUAUAGAUCUUACGGUUAUUCAUCCACUCGAGGUUCUGAACCUGGCCGAUCAAGCAGGAAAUAA